CCCGCGAAAAUCAUCCCCAAAAUUCAACCUUUUAUCCCCAAAAGUCCACCCCAUAAACCCUAACCAUUUCACUCCCCAAUUCAAUCAUUCCCCACUUCAGAAAACCAGAUUCAGAGAGAGAAAAUCCAAGAUGAAGGUGAAAUCAGUUAAGCUCAGAGAAUCCCACAAAAAUACCAACAACAAUGGCAAACCUUCAUUUUGCUCAGUUUUGUGGGACAUGUAUUCUACCCACAUUGUUACUUCUUCCUCUUCAGAUUCAUCCAUUUCUAUCUAUGAAUCUCUCCUCCUUUCGAAUCCGAUGAAGAAUCUCCGCCACCAUCGAGACGGCGUCACCGCUUUAGCUCUUAGCCCUAAUUCCACCUGCCUUGCUUCUGGAUCUAUCGAUCGCACCGUCAAAUUAUACAAAUUCCCAAGUGGGGAGUUUCAGAACAAUAUUACUAGAUUCACGUUGCCUAUUCGGACACUUGCUUUUAACAAAUCAGGAAGCUUGCUGGCAGCUGCUGGUGAUGAUGAGGGAAUCAAACUCAUCAACACAGUUGAUGCUACAAUUGCGAGAGUUCUUAAAGGGCAUAAAGGACCUGUCAUUAGCUUGGCUUUUGAUCCUAAUAAUGAAUACCUUGCUUCUCUUGAUACAAAGGGGACGGUAAUAUUUUGGGAACUUCUUUCAGGAAAUAUGCUACAUACUCUGAAAGGAGUAGCUCCUGAUACAGGUUCAGAUAUGUCCAUUACGAAUGGUCUUAGCUGGAGUCCUGAUGGUGAAUUGCUAGCUGUUCCAGGGCUCAAAAAUGAUGUGGUAAUGUUUGAUAGAGAUACAGCUGAAAAGGUAUCUUCGUUGAGAGGUGAUCAUGUGAAACCUAUUUGUUUCUUGUCUUGGUCACCUAAUGGAAAAUAUCUGGCUACAUCUGGUUUAGAUAACCAAGUGCUGAUAUGGGAUUUUGCAAAGAAACAAGACAUUGACCGACAGAAGUUUGAUGAGAGGAUUUGCCAUAUGGCAUGGAAACCAACUGGCAAUUCAUUAGCCGUUAUUGAUGUCAUGGGAAAAUAUGGUGUUUGGGAGUCGGUAAUUCCUUCAUCAAUGAAAUCUCCAACAGAAGAUGUUCCCAACUUACAGUCGAAGAACAACAAUGGAAUCCUCUUUUUUGAUGAGGAGGAGCAAGAGCCAAGUACAUCUGCCAGUCUAAGUGAUUUGGGUGAAGAUGAUUUUGGGGAAUCAGUGCCUCAGACCAGGAAAAGAUUGCGAAAAUCUUCUAUGUUGGAAGAAAAUUUGGAAGAAGAGAUUGAUGAAGAAUUAAAUACAUCUUCAAAAUUUGAAUCAAAUAAAAGGCCUGCUAAGGCUCGCGAGGAACGCUUGGAUGGUGGUGAUAGGAGGCCAAAAUCCAUGAUUGCUCAAAAUGGUUCAAAAAUACAAGAGCCAUUUCAGCCCGGUGCAACUCCUGUGCAGCCAGGAACCAAAAGCUUUCUCUGUUACAAUAUGCUUGGAAGCAUAACUACUAUGCAGCAUGAUGGAUACUCACAUAUAGAGAUCGAUUUUCAUGACACAAGUCAAGGUCCAAGAGUUCCAGCUAUGACUGAUCAUUUUGGAUUUACCAUGGCUUCUCUAAAUGAGAAUGGAAGUGUUCUUGCAAAUCCAAGGAAGGGCGACAAGAAUAUGAGUACUCUCAUGUAUCGUCCUUUUAGCAGCUGGGCAAAUAAUAGUGAGUGGUCUAUGCGGUUUGAAGAUGAAGAAGUGAAAGCUGUAGCACUUGGUACUGGGUGGGUGGCUGCUGCAACAAGUGCUAAUUUUCUCCGCAUCUUCACUGAGGGUGGCUUGCAGAGACACAUUCUCUCCCUUGAUGGUCCAGUUGUGACAGCAUCUGGCUUUAAGGACAAACUUGCUGUUGUCACUCAUUCCUCUCAACCUCUUCCUUCGAAUCAUCAGAUGUUAGAGUUCAGAGUAUUUAACAUUAGCAAUGGAACCCAACCUCUUAAAGGAUGCCUGCCCUUGUCACCUGGUUCAAACUUAACAUGGAUUGGAUUUAGUGAGGAAGGCCACCUAGCUUCUUAUGAUUCUAAGGGCAUGCUGAGAGUGUACUCUGAUCAAUUUGGUGGGAAUUGGCUUCCUCUAUUCAGUGCCAGCAAAGUUAGGAAGCCAGAUGAAAAUCACUGGGUGGUUGGUUUGAGUGCUGAGAAGUUGUUUUGCAUUAUAUGCAAGUCUCCUGAUUUAUAUCCCAAGGUAUCAUCCAAACCAGUUCUCUCGCUUCUUGAUCUUUCAUAUCCUCUUGCAUCUUCUGAUCUCGGAGCAGAGGCUCUUGAAAAAGAAUUCAUCUUCAGGAACACACGAUUAUUACAGAUUCAAAAAUCAAUUGAAGAAACAGAAGCUGCUGGUAUGGAUUGCUCACUUCUUGAUGAUGAAGCUUUUGAUAUGGAAGCAGCACUUGAUAGGUGCAUUUUGAGGCUUAUUGCAUCUUGCUGCAACGGUGAUAAGCUAGUACGUGCUACUGAACUUGUGAAGCUCCUGUCAAUGGAAAAAUCAGUUAGGGGAGCCAUAAAGCUGGUUACAACUUUAAAGCUUCCGAGCUUAGCAGAAAGGUUCAAUGGCAUCUUGGAGGAGCGAUUGCUGAAUGAUACAACCAAAAAUGUGGUGCUAUCUCAUACUGAUUCCCAUGCUGAUGCCUCUACUAGAACAGACACCAUUGAUAAGACAAACAUUACUCCAAAAAAUUUAACUGAAAAGUUCAUAAGCAGAAAUAACACCUUGAGUAGUAGCUUGCAUUCAAACUCAAUAAACGAGCCAUCAGAGCCCAUCACUCCCUCACCCACACCUAAAUUUACAGCUCCUUUAUUCCCUAAGAAAGCAAAGAUCCAGGAAGGAAGCAGUUUCAUGAUGGAACAGAAGAAAACAGAUGGUCUAACUACUGUACAGAAAGCUACAAACAUUACCAAGGAUGUUGAUAGUUUAAAAAAGCAAGAAAAUGCUGAAGAGGCAACAAAGAAAGUAAGAUUGUCUGGUGCCUCUAAUCCAUUUGCCAAAUCAGGAAAUGACUCUGAUGUACGACCGAAAAACCCAUUUGCAAAGUCAUCAAGCAUUCAAGAGAAAUCCUCACUGUUUGAUUCGAUCAAGAAGAUGAAGACAGUCAGCUAGGAAAUAGCUGCUCUGAACUUUUGUUUAGGGAUAUUGUAUAAUGUACAUAAAUUCAACUCUUAUUGCUUGAUUUGUGAUCCUUUUUCAAGUUUGAUAGAAUAUGAUAAUGCAAUUUUCACAUUGAUCUCAGUAA